AUGACGUCGCAUAACGCUGAGCCGUCGCGGCAAUCGUUUCCGGUUUCCAUCUCUAGCGCCCUCCCGUCCAUCGAUCCUCGUCCGUCCAUCGAUUCGCGGCCGAUCGGUUCCCUGAUUCCAGACGAGGAAGAUGACGUGGCGCCGUGGAAGUUAGACGAUGACGAAUCACACGAUUUAGAGCCACAAGUUUCCGACACAGGAGGGGGACGGAUCGCCGCACGAACGGCGCAGAUCACCGAAGGAGCGCGGCGGAUCGCCGCAGGCAGCGGGGGAGGCGACGAGCAGAGCGGCGAAGUCCUCCGCAGAAAGCUUAUUUCGGUUGACGCGCGCGAGGGUGCCUUUCCGCCGCGCAGGAGGCUGGGUGCGGGCGAUCUGCGCGCGGGGGCCUUUUCGCGGCGGAAGCGGUGGAAGGAGCGGCUGGUGCGCAAGCUGGGUCCGGGGAAGAACAAUCUCCGCGAGUACCUCCGCGCGGAGGGCUCCCUGCGGUCCGAGAAUCUAACUACACGAUACCUAAUGGAGUCUCUACAUCACGUGUUCUUAGACUAUCACAACCAGUCCCACCAGCAGACGGAGGACAUGCAUAUCAGGUGCAAAGGCGGCGAGUGCCCGGAUUUUCAGCAGUGCUCGGGGAAUUUCACCGCUGUAGACGCGUGCCACUGCCCGGAUAUGGAAGAUUUGAGUCGGCGGGCAGCUUUACCGCCGCUGAACUGCCCGCGGAAAAAGAAAGUUAUGGUGGAUUCGCCGCUGAAUAUCAAGCCAGUGAAGAUACUGUUUGAUCCGAAGUGCUCUCACGCGGAGGAUGACAUUCCGCACUUUGCGUGGGUGAGCCAGAUGUUCAACCUGCGCCACGUGUACUUCAACUCGCGCGGACAGGCGUUUAAUGACUCGUUCCUCUACGAUAGAAAUGGCUGCGGCAGCGAACACAAGUUCGACAUCCCAGAAGGUACCAGAGUCACGGUGUACGAUAGAAUCAUAAACCUGGCGCAUUGGAACGCGUACCAGUUCUACCACGGCAUUCUCGAGCUCGUGCCCGUCUUCUUCAUGCUCUCCAAGGCGCCGCACCUGCUGCGCAAGCUGCCCAUCGCCGUGCAGUACCUGCAGAUGGACUUUUUGGAAAAGCUGGGCACCUUUUUCAUUGGCAUGGAGAUGGUUCACAUGGACCUGAGGGUGGUUCCGGACGACGAGGUGUUCUUCGCUCAUCAGGUGCUGCAGCCCUACUACCAGUGGUGCGGGCGGCCCAGUCGCUCCCUCUGGCGUCACUUCCGUCGGCUGUAUCUGCUGCCGCCCGAUGGCCUCCCCAUGUUCCUCCCUGAUUGGACCCCGCGCAUCAACAGCGCCAUGCAGUCAUACUCCAUUGGCUUCCCGGGUGCGCCUGCUGACUGGGUGGUGGUGCUAGCACAGCGAUACAACACGCGCGCACUGGAGCAGCAUGGGGAGGUGGAGGAGCUGCUGUGCUCUCUGUUCCCUCGGGAACGAGUGGUGGUGUUUGAUGGCAGCCUGCGCAUUUCUGAUGGUGAGAGGGGGAAAGGAAGGGAAUCUUGCUCCCCUGUGAUUACGAUGGGAUAUGGUGGCACUGCAGCAGAACGGGGAGGUGGAGGAGCUGCUGUGCUCUCUGUUCCCGAGAGAGCGUUGCAUGCGCGCAUUAUGUCACUGCAGCAGCGAGGGCAGGUGGAGGGGCUGCUGUGCUCUCUGUUCCCUUGGGAGUGGGUGGUGGUGUUUGAAGGCAGUCUGCGCAUUGCUGAUGCCAAGGCGCUCUUCCGUCGACCCGUGCUGUUCGUGGCAGCGCACGGGGCAGCGAUCACCAACGCCAUCUUCAUGUCGUUCAAGUUGGUCCUGCUUGAACUGCGCCCCAGGGACUUCCACAAGGCAUGCACAGAGGUGCAGGGAGCAGUGUCUCUCGCACUCGCCCACACCAUCUUCACGGCAGCGCCCCUUGCAACAUACCAGUGCCUUCAGCAACAUUCCACCCUCUUCUUCCUCCCAAUCCCCUCCAUUAUUCACCACCUUGCAGCCAAGGCUCUGUUCAAUCGGGCUGUGCUCUUUGUUGCCGCACAUGGGGCAGCGAUCACCAAUGCCAUCUUCAUGCCGUUCAAUCAAGCCCUCUUUAAUCGAGCCGUGCUGUUUGUUGCCGCACACGGGGCAGCGAUCACCAACGCCAUCUUCAUGCCGUUCAAGUCGGUCCUGCUUGAACUGCGCCCCAGGGCCUUCCACAAGGCAUGCUACCACCACCUGGCAGAGGUGUGUGACCUGCACUACUUGCUGCUGCUGUGUGACGGGGCUAAGGACACGCCUCUUUCGUGUGAUAUGGGUGAAGUGAGGAGUCUGUUGGAGGAGGUGCAAGGGCGUGUGGAUAAAGUGCUGGAAGAAGGGCCGGAGGUGCAGCUGGAGGAAGAGGAGGAAGGGCAGCGUUGA